AUGCGGUAUUCGGAAAGGAAGAAACAAGAAUUUUUAUCUGAUUUGGAGUCAAAAUUAAUCCCAAAGGACUCGUUGGAUCUGAUAAUAGAUGAAUUUAAGAAUGAAUUAAAAGAGAGAUUAUUAUAUAGUAACAAUUCUAUGUUACCAACAUUCCUAAAAAAAACUUCUAAUUCAGUAUUUUAUAAUCAUGCCUGUGAUAAAAUUAUAUUGGCUAUUGAUUUUGGUGGUACUAAUUUAAAAUUUGCUCUUUUCAAAUCUUAUCCGACAUAUGCUAUUCAAUAUUCAAAUAUAAUGGAAAUUGAAAAUAAAUUGGUGAAUAUAUCAUUUUUUGAUAAUAUUGUUAAAAAUGUUGUUUUGCAAUUAAAUGAUUAUUGUUUAACUAAUUGCCAUAACUUUGAAUCAGACUCAAGAAGAGACAUAUUUGUAAGUAUUACAUUUUCUUUUCCAUUGAACCAAAACAACGAAAUUACUGUUAUGGGGAAAACUUUUGUAUUGACAGAUGAAAUUAAAGGUCAACCUAUUGACAUUAUAUUACAAGAAUCAUUUGAUAAGUAUAGUACAAGUCUUAUGAAUGAUAAAUUCAAAUUUUGGAUUAAUAAAAACAUUAUUAACGAUUCUAUUGCAGUUCAUUUAACAAAUAAAUACAGUAAGGGAUAUGAAAAUGAAAUUGUAACAAAUGAAAGGAAUGAAGAUGAUAAAAUGAUAUCUUUGAUUUUAGGUACUGGGUUAAAUGUAUGUUUUGAAGUUCCUUUUACAAGUUUGCCAGAUUUUAAAAAAAUUGCUAUGGAGGAGAUCUACGAGAGUAUGAAAGAUGACGUUAUUAUAAAUAGUGAAAUUGGUUUCUUGGGUUCUGAUAUCAUUCAAUUAAAUCCAAAUUUUGAUAUAGUUUCAAUUUUAGAGGUGCCAAUGCCAUUAGAAAAUAUUACAGCAGGGGAUGCAUUACCUAAAAUUUUAAAACGUGUAUUAGAAUUUUAUCAGAUUUAUCCUGAAAUGACAAUAAAUUUUGAUGGUAAAAUUUUCUGUCAAUUACUAGAUGAUCAAGAUAUUAAGAGUAUGAUUAGUGGUAUUGAUAUCGAGUUCAUAAGGCAAAUUGCCUUGAUUAUUAUAAAAAGGGCAUCUAUAUAUCUUGUAGCUGCAAUAUAUGCCAUCCAUGAUUUUAUUCAUUUAGAUUGUGCUUUAAAAAAUGAUAAAACAAUUAAAAUUGGAUAUGUUGGAUCAUUUCUUGCUUACUGUAAGACGUAUCAAGAUAUGAUUGAUCAAUAUUCAUGUGGAAAAAUUCAAUUGCAAUUUUUACCAGAUAGUAGCUUGAUCGGUGCUGCUAUUAUUGGAGGAAAAUUUUAA